AUGAGAAAAACUUGUAUUAGUGACUCCUUAUCUUAUCUAUUUGAGAAAUUGGGAAGAACUAUCGCAAGACAUCCACUUUAUUUUAUUAUAACAGCGAUUAUUAUAACAGCUUUAUUUUCUGCUGGAACGUUUAAUCUUGAAACGAUAGAUAAUGUCGAUUAUUUAUUAAAUUCCGACAGAGGAAAAGUCUUUACAGAUAAACAAUUCAUUGAUAAGAUGUUUCCUAUGAACACUUCCAAAUUUUACGACGCUUUCAGAAUGACGCAACGUCCUCAAUCACCAAUGAUUUACGUCCAGAAUAAAUUCGGUCGCAAUUUAUUAAAGACGAAGACUUUACUGGAAAUAAAACAGUUAGAUGAAAUUAUCAGGAACAUAACGACUAUGGUAGAUGGAAGGAUGAUCAAUUAUAGUAUGGUCUGCGGAAUAGUCAACGAUAAAUGCUUUGAUAAUCCAAUAAUAAAUGUAUUACCACAGAUGGACGAUCUACUUUCUGGAAGAAAAAAAUUAAAAUUUCCAGUUGAAAUCGAUCCGGUUACUUACACAUCUCAUUUGUGGGUAAUGAAUUUAGGUGGUGUAAAACAUAAUAAUGAAGGAGACGUGAAAGAAGUGAAAGUUAUAAGAUUAAUUUAUGCUGUUGAUGAAUCUAAUUCGUCUAAAACAGAAUGGAUUCGAGAAUGGCAGAAAGCAUUUUUGUGGAAUGUCAACAAAUUGAAAUUUCAUUCGAUUGAGAUAUAUCCUUGCCCAUUUUUAGCAACUGAAUUAGACAUAAAAACACUUGUUGACAAAAUUACACCUUUGAUAAGCGUUGCAAUCGUUGUAGUUACUUUGUUCUGCGUGAUGACUUAUAUGACAAACAGUUGGGUAAGGAGUAAACCAUGGAUGGGAUUUGCUGCUACUGUUUCUGCGGGAUUAGCAGUUGUUUCGUCAUUUGGACUGAUGGCUACUGAGAUAGAUGAUGCCUUUGUGAUAAUAGCAAACUGGAGAAUUACCAACGUUCACGAUAAAGUAGAAGAGCGAAUGGCGAAAACUUAUUCAAAAUCCGCUCUUUCUAUAACUAUAACGACUUUAACAAAUAUUUUAUCUUUCUGCAUUGCGAUGACCACAGAAUUCCCCGGUGUACGGUUUUUCUCUUAUUAUGCUACCACUUGUGUUUGCUUUGCAUAUUUGUAUCAGAUUACGUUCUUCGGAGCGUGCCUAGCUCUUAGUGGAUACAGAGAAGAAAGAGAUCUUAACCCGUUCACAUUUAAAACUGUAAAAGAAUACUCCAGCGAAUCCAGCUCAAAGCAGAAAAGUGAAUUCAUAUUUAUGAAAUUCUUUAGAGAUACAUUGGCUGAAUUUAUUUCUCAACCCGUAAUCAAAGCCAUGAUUAUACUUCUGUACAUAAUUAAUCUCGGAAUAGGUAGUUGGGGUGUAACAUUUUUAAAAGAAGGAGUAAACCUAUUUACACUCUAUCCAAAACAUUCAAAGAUAACAAAAGGAUAUCAUAUAUUUUAUGACGACUUCACAGAAUAUACAUUUCCUCUUCAGAUUGUCAUCAAUAAAACAUUAGAUUAUUCCGACACAGAAGUUCAGAAAUCUAUUGAAAAUAUAAUGAUGAAAUUUCAGUCUCAUCCGAAUGUCGCUGGUUCAGAACUUGAGAUUUCCUGGUUAAAAUACUAUAAACAAUUCCAGAAUCAUCCAAUAUCCAGGCUUACAAUGAAGGGUUACAACGUGUCACGAAAACAAGAUUUCAUUGACGGACUUCGCAAUGUCUUUUUGAGAAUUGGUGCAGCCAAGCAAUUUUCAAGUGACAUAAAUUUUAAUAAUAAUUUCACAGAUAUUAUACGAAGUCGAUUUUUCGUAGUGACAAAGAAUAUUUACCAUGGAGAAAUUGAAAGUAAAGUCAUUAACGAUAUGUGGAAAAUUGCAGAAGAAAUCGAAUUACCCGUUAUUGUGCAUUCCUACUUUUCUCCUUUGGUGGAACAAGGCCUUAUUACCAAACGAGUUACUCUCCAAUUAUUCUGGUUAACAGCUCUAUUAAUAUUUAUUGUGUUUAUUGCAUUUGUUCCGAAUUUCGCUUGCGCAUUAACUGUUGCAAUUGCGGUUGUUUCAAUAAUCGUAGAAACCGUCGGAUACAUGUCUUUCUGGGGUGUAAAUCUUGACGUCAUUUCCAUGAUGAUUAUAAUACUUUGUAACGGAUUUUGUGUUAAUUAUCCGACUCACAUGUGUUACGCUUUUCUCACUUCAUCACACUCUGAAGCAAAAGCAAAGUUGAAGGAAUCACUUUACCACGUCGGUUUUCCCAUACUGCAAGGUUCCAUGUCCACAAUUGUUGUAUUACUGAUAUUUCUAUAUAUUAAUAUGUACGUAUAUAGAACAUUUGUGAAAAUUAUUGUUCUUAUAUCUCUAGAAACAUUAUUCCAUGCUGUGUUUGUCAUUCCUGUGUUUCUUAGUAUAAUCCCAGUUCCAUCUAAAAAUAAAAAUACGAAUAAUCGUUCUGUAUCUGAAUAUGUUGUCUGUAAUAGUGAGAGCAUGAAAUGA